AUGGCUGCGAAACUUAUGCAAGCUGUUCAGUACAGUUCCUAUGGCGGAGGACCCGCUGGAUUGAAGCAUGUUGAAAUUCCUGUUCCAACUCCAAAAACCAAUGAAGUUUUACUCAAAGUGGAAGCAGCUAGCAUUAAUCCAAUUGACUGGAAGAUUCAGAAGGGUGAUCUUCGUGCUCUAUUCAUGCCUCGAAAAUUUCCCAAUACACCUUGUACUGAUGUAGCAGGAGAGGUAGUAGAGGUUGGACCGCAAGUCAAGGAUUUUAAAGUUGGUGACAAAGUUCUUGCUAAACUCACACAUCAAUAUGGAGGGGGGCUAGCUGAGUUUGCAGUGGCAAGCGAGAGCUUAACAGCUACCAGACCAUCUGAAGUCUCAGCCGCUGAAGCUGCAGGUUUACCUAUAGCCGGUCUCUCAGCUCGUGACGCACUCACCGAAAUUGGAGGAAUUAAGCUUGACGGGACUGGCGAGCAGAAGAAUGUCUUGGUCACUGCUGCUUCAGGUGGUGUAGGUGUGUAUGCUGUUCAACUUGCCAAACUAGGGAACAACCACGUGACAGCCACUUGUGGUGCUCGUAACAUCGACUUUGUUAAAAGCUUAGGCGCUGAUGAAGUUCUCGACUACAAGACUCCAGAAGGAGUAGCACUGAAGAGUCCAUCUGGUAGGAAAUAUGAUGCAGUGAUACAUUGCACCACUGGAAUACCAUGGUCAACUUUUGAUCCUAAUUUGGCUGAAAAAGGGGUUGUAGUGGAUUUAACACCUGGCCCGAGUUCAAUGCUUACUUUUGCUCUGAAGAAACUUACUUUCUCGAAGAAGCGGUUGGUGCCGUUUAUUGUAAAUGUCAAGCGUGAGGGAAUGGAACAUCUUGCUCAAUUAGUAAAGGAUGGAAAACUCAAAACAAUCAUCGACUCCAAGUUUCCUUUGAGCAAAGCUGAAGAUGCUUGGGCUAAGAGCAUUGAUGGCCAUGCUACUGGGAAAAUCAUUGUGGAGCCAUAG